AUGCAUCCCCAGUCGCGGGAGCACGCCUUGAAACUGUUGGGCAGCCAUACCCCCUCCUCCGUUCAGCUCUGGGUCUCCUACAACCGUCAGCCAAUGAAAGCAGCCCAGUUUAUGACCCGCCAUCCCAUCACGGAAUACUACAUUGCAGAUGCAUCCGAGGACCAGGUGUUUGUGUGCGUCAACCACAUAAACAACGCCACGCACCUCUACAUCUCCGACACGCAGGGCCUGUCCUUCUCCCUGUCGCUGGAGAACGUUCUCUACUACAGUCCUGAGGGCUCGGGCAGCAACACACUCAUCAGGUACUUCGCCAACGAGCCGUUUGCAGACCUGCAUCGGGUGGAGGGGCUCCGAGGAAUCUUCAUCGCCACGCUCAUCAACGGGUCGGUCAGCGAGGACAACAUGCGCUCCGUCAUCACUUUUGACAAGGGGGGGACAUGGGAGCUGCUGCAGGCGCCGGCCGCUGACAGCCUGGGAGGGACCGUGGACUGCCAGGUAGGAACCGACGCCGACGGCUGAUCCUC